AUGGCGGCUAUCCCAGAGCCCAUGGCCACCGACGGCGAGCCAAUCCCUCAUGUCCAGACAGUCCCUUCAGCAUCCCGAGUGCCCCAGCUCCAGCCAGCACCCUCCUACCGGGCAGCAGCAGCAGAAGUAGCAUCGCCACCACAGCCCACCGAGUCCGUGUCGGACGGCGGCGGCGGCGGCGCGGCCGAAACAGCGACCGCGGGUCACCAGCGCAAGACCUCGAACGCCUCCAAGCGGUCUCGGGGGCGCGCCCGCUCGCGCGCCCGCGCCGGCACCGGCGACUCGACCGUCGGCGGCGGCAGCCCGCCGUUAGGGCGGGGGUCGGGCCGCAACGGCGAAGACUUGUACUCGGACGACGGCGAGGGUGACGACAACAACGCCCAGGCCCCGCGCCACCCGGGCCGCCCAGCCGCCCGCUCCACGCGCCCGCCGCGCGCCUACCUCAACCACCCGGCCUACGCCGGCGUCGAGUCGCCCGCCAAGAUGGUCGUUGAGGAGACCAAGGGCGCCGCGGGAGCGCGCGAGCACUACUACUACACCUACGACGACGGGCCCGGGCCCGAGACGGGCAGGACAACGGCCAGGCCGGGGCCGGGGGCCGGCCGCUACCCACAGCAGCAGCAGCAGCAGCAGCAGCAGUACGACGAGGAGUACGGCUACGGGCCGGCCAUGAUGACGCCGGGCUACGGGCGCGGCGGCGGCGGAACCGCGCUCGGCGGGCGGUUCAGCGCCGACUACCCGCCGCGCAUCAACUGGAACCAGCUCUCGCGCGAGGAGCGGGCCGAGGUGCUGCGGAUCCCGUGGACGCAGUGGAUGAACAGCGACAUCAAGAACCACUUCGUCGCCACCAUGGGCGAGCUCAUCGGCACCACCAUGUUCCUGCUCUUCGCCUUUGCCGGCACCGGGGUCGCCAACACGGGCUCCAGCCCGGACGGGCCCUUCAACGUGGGCGCGCAAAUGUACAUCAGCCUCGCCUUUGGCUUCUCGCUCAUGGUCAACGUCUGGAUCUUCUUCCGCAUCAGCGGCGCCCAGUUCAACCCGGCCGUGACGCUGGCCAUGCUGCUCGUGCGCGCCAUCGGCGCCGUCCGCGCCGCCUGCCUCUUUGCCGGCCAGAUCGCCGGCAGCCUGCUGGCCAGCGUCAUUGUGCGGUACCUGUUCCCGCAGCCCUUCGCCGUCCGCACGGCCCUGUCAAAGACGACGUCGCUGCCCCAGGGCGUCUUCAUCGAGGCCGUCCUGACGGCCGAGCUCGUCUUCACCAUCUUCAUGCUCGCAAAGGAGAAGCACAAGGCCAACUACAUGGCCCCCAUCGGCAUCGGGCUCGCCCUCUUCAUCGCCGAGAUGGCGGGCGUGCCCUACACGGGCGGCUCGCUCAACCCCGCCCGCAGCUUCGGGCCCUGCGUCGUCACCGGCGUCUUUGAGUCUGAGCACUGGGUCUACUGGCUCGGUCCGGCCAUCGGCGCAGUCAUCGCCGUGGUCUUUUACCAGUUUAUCAAGAUUCUCGAAUACGAGAUGGCGAACCCGGGAGCUGAUGGGGAUCAGGAAAACGAUCCGACCAAGAACCCGGUCAAGAGGGCUGAGCUCAUGAUGAACCGCAAGUUCGCAAAGAGUGAGAUAUGACCCGACUCGAGGUCUCUGCCUCCCCCUGUUUCCCGCAUAUUUUGUCCUAUUUCCUUCACUGCUGGAUACAUUUCCUGUCAUUUCCUUCUUUCGUUAUAUCUCCCUUUCCCCUUUUG